AUGGAAAAGAAAUCACACGGUGAAGGCAAAAAUGCGUAUUUCAACAUGAAAACUGCCCGUAUAGUGAAAGAGGUUGGCGUACAAGCAGAAGUGGAUGCAGAACGCGAUCACAAGGGCACGUUUGAGGGUGAUGAAUAUGAUGCAUCGGAUGUUACAGAAAUCGAUACGGUUCACAAGCUUAGUCACUGGUUUAGCCGUAAUAUAAUGUGA